AUGGAAUAUUACCAGGACAUUCAAGGGAAUGUGUUCUUCGAGAACAUUUCAUUUGCGUAUCCACAAAAGCCGGGACAGCCAGUUAUGAAUGGCCUACAGUUCAGUGCUACCAGGGGACAAACGGUGGCAUUGGUUGGUCCAUCGGGAUGCGGCAAAAGCACAGCUAUCUCGCUGCUUGAACGAUUUUACGAUCCCGAUUCUGGUUUUGUGGUAUUAUUUUCAUUGCUUUUUUUUGACAAGCGCUUAACAAAAAUUUUGGAGCGCUUCGACGGCAGUGACUUACGAACAAUGAACCUGUACAAUCUGCGCAGUCAGAUGGCACUGGUUGGUCAGGAGCCGCGGUUGUUUGCCGGGACAAUUCGUGAGAAUGUCUGCUUCGGACUCAAGGAUGUGAUAUCAACGGAAAAAAUAUGCGAGGCAUUGGAACUGGCUAAUGCAAUGAAAAUUGUUAACUCAUUACCCCAGGGUCUGGAAACCGAUGUGGGUGAAAAAGGCGCCAAAUUAUCCGGUGGCCAAAAACAACGGGUAGCAAUUGCACGAGCAAUAAUACGCGAUCCAAAAAUACUCCUUCUGGAUGAAGCAACCAGUGCGCUUGAUUCAGAAUCAGAAAGGGCAGUGCAAGAAGCGCUGGAUCGAGCACGCGAAGGCCGAACAUGCAUAACAAUAGCGCAUCGUUUGUCAUCAAUUCAAAACGCCGAUCUGAUCAUCUACAUCGAAAAUGGACGUGUCCGAGAAAUGGGCACCCACUCAUCGCUAAUUGCGAGUCGCGGACACUACUACGAUCUAAUCAAAAAACAGGAUUUAGCUGCAUAA